CCGAGCCUGCGUCUGCCAGUUGUCCAGUCGCUUCUCCUUCCCAGUCGCGAAGUCAAAAGAAAAGGAAUCGACUAAAAAAUACCGGCUGGCUGCCCUUCUCAGCACUCCACGCCUCAUCAUGCUUGUUGUCCGAAGCAGCCUAACUAAGGCUCUGGCCGCACGGACGCUUGUGCCUCAGGUGUGCUCAUCUUUUGCUACAGGCCCCAGACAAUACAAUGGAACGUUCUAUGAAUUCCGUACUUACUUCCUUAAACCUUCAAAGAUGAAUGAGUUUCUGGAAAAUUUUAAGAAAAACGUACGUCUUCGGACAGCUCACUCUGAAUUGGUUGGAUACUGGAGUGUAGAAUUUGGAGGCAGAGUGAAUAAAGCGUUUCAUAUUUGGAAGUAUGAUAAUUUUACUCAUCGAACUGAAGUUCGGAAAGCCUUGGCCAAAGAUAAGGAAUGGCAAGAACAAUUUCUCAUUCCAAAUUUGGCUCUUAUUGAUAAACAAGAGAGUGAGAUUACUUAUCUAGUGCCAUGGUGCAAAUUAGAAAAGCCUGCAAAAGAAGGAGUCUAUGAGCUGGUUACUUUUCAGAUGAAACCAGGUGGACCAGCUCUGUGGGGUGACGCAUUUAAAAGGGCAGUCAAUGCCCAUGUCAAUCUAGGCUACUCGAAACUAGUUGGCGUUUUCCACACAGAAUAUGGAGCCCUCAACAGAGUUCAUGUUCUUUGGUGGAAUGAGAGUGCAGACAGCCGUGCAGCUGGGAGACAUCAGUCCCAUGAGGACCCCAGAAUCGUGGCAGCUGUGCGGGAAAGUGUCAAUUACCUAGUGUCUCAGCAGAAUAUGUUCCUGAUUCCUACGUCAUUUUCACCACUGAAAUAGUUUUCCACUGAAACAGGGAGCAUUUCAUGAAUGGCCAUAAGAUGUAUCUGCUAAUGUUGUUUAAAUUCUCCCAAGAGGUUCUCACUUUUAUUUGAAGAAGGUGGUAAGUUAAUUCACAAUGUGUCUGCAUUUUUAAAGCCACUUGUGCUCUUUGUCUUUAGCACCUCAGGAAAUAGCUCUGUUUAUUUUCCCCAUGGCAUUUCUAUAGCUAUGAUACAUUAGAGAUAGCUGCCGCUAUCUACUUCAUGAUGUUGAGUUUUCAUUUCUUGCAGAAGAUCUCUUAUUCUCUAUUUUGACAACCCUUCGCUUUAUAGCUUUUUCUUAUGUUUCAAUAAUGUUUCUACACUUAUGUGCCUGACAAUAUUUUACAAUUAUUUUCACGCAAUGUCUGUAUUUCCGUUAUGUCUGCUUUUUGAGAUUUAAAAGAAAUUUUGCAGUAAAAUUUAUUUUGUGAUAUCAAUUGGAUUCAUAAGAAUAUUAUAUCAAACAAUAUUUUUCUACCUUGGGAAAGUACAGUAUCACCUAUGUCAUCUGUAUUAUGGUUUUCACAUUAUUAUUCACUAUAAUCUGGAAAAUAAUGUAAUUAGGUCUCUGUUAAAAAAACUUCAGAAGACCUGUUUUAUAUGCUGAAAUGUGUUCAUUUGUAGUUGAUUUUAUUAACUUUUGUUCAUUUUGGGUCACUGUUUAACAAAGAUACUUGGACAUCUAUUUGUAUUAAAGAGAUUUUAUGGUUAUAGAAACGCUUGCCCUAAUAAAAGCCUACAUAUCCAUUCUGAAA